AUGAGUGAAUUUAACUCUGAUGAAUAUCUCCCUACCAUCGAUGCAAUUUUGAGUGUAGCUGAUCUAGAUAAAGUCUCAGUUAAGAAUAUCAGAAGGGCCCUUCAAGAAUUGUUUGUAGUGGAUUUGGAACCUCAUAAAGCUCACAUCAAUGAAGUUAUUGUUAAUAGAUACAAUCGUUUGGUGGAAGAAAAAGAUAAUAAGUCAGAAUUGGAGAGAAGAAAAGAAAUUGAACGUAAAGAUGCCAUUUUAGCCAGGAAACUACAAAAAGAGCAUGGUAUUGGUUUAAGAAAGAAACCUAGAGUUCCUUCGAAGAAAAGAACUCUUGAUACCGAGGCUAAGCCAAAUCCUCUUAAACAAAUCAUGUUCAUGGCCAGUGAUACGUUGAGAGACAUUAUAGGGAUUGACAAGACUUCAAGGCCCCAAGUGGUUAAAUUAUUAUGGGCUUAUAUCAAAGAGAAUAAACUUCAGGAUCCUAACGACGGGAGAAUAAUUCUUUGUGAUGAAAGUUUAGAACGAUUGUUCAAGAAGAAAACUGUCACUGCAUUCCUGAUGAAUAAAUAUUUAAGUGAUCAUUUAACUAGAGAAGAUGAAUCAAUGGUUCAAAAAUCUUCUAACGGGGACCAACCUAAGCCAAGUGUUAAAAGUGAAGACCAAGUCCCUGAUUCUGAAUCUGAGUCUGAAGCUGAGUAA